AUGCCUAAUCUCACCACUGUCAUGUUCCGAGAUGGUACAUUGUACUUCCUCGUAAUGUCGCUGCUCAACAUUGUUGACCUCAUCGUGAACACAAUUGUUCUCAGUGGUUUGCUCCAGAAUCUAGGCACACUGGAUAUAACAAACCUGACCACAGCGAUGUCGACCAUCCUGACCUCCCGCUUCCUCAUCUGCAUCCGCGAAGCUGCAGAACGCUCAACACACGCAUUCAGCUCCCAGUCUCUGUCGUUCAUCGAUUCACAAGGCGACUCCAGCCCACAACCACGGCUCUCCAGUAUGGAGUUCGCUGCCGACAUUGCCAAUCCCUGUGCAGGGGAUAACAGCCACGCUGACGCAUUCUCCGAUCUCGACGAUGACUUGGAUCCAAGAGGCCAAGACGCGAGCGAGGGAGAUGACGGAAUAGAACUGGAGGAGUACGCGGUCUCUGUCCGUUCUGUAGACGCACACACGCCCUGA